CGUUACUUCAAAAGUAUCUGUGGAUUUUGACGGUCCAAACGCCGGUUUCAAUAUUUCCUUCCUCUCUUUCUCUCUCACACACACACGCAAUUUUCUUUUAUCAGGUUGGUUGGCUUUGGACCUUUGGGUCUAUAAAUUAAAGCUCCACCACAAUGAGCCCUUUUUUCCCUCUCUUCUCCAUUCGCACCCUCAUUACUCUCCCGGCAAACUCGCCGGCCGCUGCUCUCGCCGGAAUAUUUCCCUUAUCCCUGUUCUUGCACACACAUUAUAAAGAUUGAAAAUUGAAAAACCGAUCAUGGAUGGCAUUUAUAAGGUUGUUCUCGAUGGCCCAAAAGAGUUUGGGCUCAAAAACGUGAGCUCCCACCAGUCAAUAUCCGAGAUGGACGAUUAUGACCUCUCGAAGCUGCUCGAUAAGCCGAGACUGAACAUCGAGCGGAAGAGAUCGUUCGACGAGAGGUCACUUAGUGAGUUGUCGAUUGGUAUAUCGAGAGGCUUGGAAUAUUACGAAAGUUCGUAUUCACCUGGAAGGUCAGUACUCGACACACCAGCUUCGUCUGCCAGGAACUCUUUCGAGCCGCAUCCAAUGGUUGCAGAUGCUUGGGAGUCCCUCCGAAGAUCUCUGGUGCACUUCCGUGGCCAGCCGGUUGGGACUAUAGCGGCCUAUGAUCAUGCAUCAGAAGAGGUUUUGAAUUAUGAUCAGGUUUUCGUUCGUGAUUUUGUCCCGAGUGCUCUAGCUUUCCUUAUGAACGGCGAGCCGGACAUUGUGAAGAACUUCCUUCUGAAAACCCUUCAGCUUCAAGGGUGGGAAAAAAGAGUAGACAGAUUUAAGCUGGGUGAGGGGGUCAUGCCAGCUAGCUUCAAAGUGCUUCACGAUCCAGUUCGAAAAACAGAUACGAUUGUGGCUGAUUUUGGGGAGAGCGCAAUCGGACGUGUGGCCCCAGUUGACUCUGGCUUCUGGUGGAUUAUUCUUUUACGUGCGUACACAAAGUCAACCGGAGACCAUUCUCUGGCCGAGACGCCCGAGUGUCAGAAAGGGAUGAGGCUUAUCUUGGCUUUGUGUCUUUCAGAAGGCUUCGACACUUUCCCUACUUUGUUGUGUGCUGAUGGUUGCUCGAUGAUUGAUCGUAGGAUGGGCAUAUACGGGUACCCGAUCGAGAUCCAAGCCCUCUUCUUCAUGGCCCUCCGUUCAGCACUGUCCAUGCUAAAGCACGACACAGAAGGCAAAGAGUUCAUCGAGAGAAUCGUGAAGCGGCUUCACGCUCUAAGCUACCACAUGCGCAGCUACUUCUGGCUCGAUUUCCAGCAGUUGAACGAUAUCUACCGCUACAAAACAGAGGAAUAUUCCCACACGGCAGUCAACAAAUUCAACGUAAUCCCAGAUUCCAUACCCGAGUGGCUCUUUGACUUCAUGCCCACAAAAGGCGGUUACUUUAUUGGCAAUGUAAGCCCGGCCCGCAUGGAUUUUCGGUGGUUUGCUUUGGGAAAUUGUGUUGCUAUUUUGUCUUCCUUAGCCACACCUGAUCAGGCCUCGGCUAUUAUGGACCUUAUUGAGGAGAGAUGGGAAGAGUUAGUAGGGGAAAUGCCUUUGAAGAUUUGUUAUCCGGCAAUCGAGAGCCACGAGUGGCGAAUCGUGACUGGCUGUGACCCGAAGAACACGAGGUGGAGUUAUCACAAUGGGGGUUCUUGGCCAGUGCUUUUAUGGUUGCUAACAGCCGCAUGCAUCAAGACCGGACGCCCUCAAAUAGCAAGAAAGGCGAUUGACCUUGCUGAAAGCCGUCUACUGAAGGACAGCUGGCCCGAAUACUAUGAUGGAAAAUUAGGAAGAUUCAUAGGUAAGCAAGCUAGAAAAUACCAGACAUGGUCUAUUGCUGGUUAUCUUGUUGCGAAAAUGAUGUUAGAAGACCCGUCACACUUGGGAAUGAUUUCCCUUGAAGAGGACAAACAGAUGAAGCCUGUUAUCAAGAGAUCCUCCUCGUGGACUUGUUGAGGAGUUACAAGUAAAAGUCGAGAGCUUCAAAAUAGGUUAAAAAAAAAAAGAAGUAUAAUCCCUUUAGGAGGAGAGUAAGGCGAGACAAUAUUAUUUUUUACAUUAAAGAACAACGCGACUUCAUUCUUUUGGCGGAUUCUACGCUCAUUCUUGUGUACAUUAGUGUGUCUAGCAAGACUAUCCAUCUUUUUUCUUUUUCUUUUUUUUAUCCUUUUUCUUUUUUUUUUUGCUAUUCUUAGAAUAAGAAUGAAGCUUGUGAUGUUUUGUUCUUGAUUCUUGAAAGGUAACUUUUGUGGUUUGAAUGAAGCUUUUGUUUGUUUCCUACUUAGAGGUGGUCAAACUCAGAGUGCUAAAGAGAGAGAUGACAUAUGCAGGCAGGCUAUGUAAUUUAUGCAUUUUGAUGAGAGAUCUUAUUGCGAGGAAUACAUAUGUCUAGAAUAUAUGCCUCAAUUCAAAAU